AUGGCCAUCGGUCAGUCCAUCGGCACCGCCGUCUUUGUGAGCAUCGGUUGUGGGCUCUCCGUGGGCGGGCCUGGCAGCUUGCUCAUUGCAUUCUUGGUCUACUGUGCCUUCAUCGGUAUGAUUACCGAUUGCACAGCUGAGAUGAUGAUAUACAUGCCUGUCUCGGGUGGCUUUCUACACCUGGCGGGUGAAUGGGUGGAUGAGGCCUGGGGCUUCAUGGAAGGCUGGAACUUCUUCUUUUAUGAAGGUCUGCUCAUCCCAUUUGAAAUCACCGCUCUUACUAUCGCCUUGGGCUUCUGGUGGGACAAUGUGCCCCCCGAAGCUAUCUGUAUUCUGGCCAUCUUUGCCUAUGGGGCUUUGAACUUCCUGUCUAUCCUGCUCUUCUUCAUUCUAUUCUUCUUCACAUUCAUCGCUAUGGUGGGAGGAAAUCUUAAACAUGAUCCCUAUGGUUUCCGCUACUGGCGAUUCGGCGUCUUCUACAUCGGAUCCGCAAUUUGUGUUGGCAUUGUUAUCGCAUACAACGACCCGAUGCUACUUCGAAUCCUCAGUGGCUCCCAGUCUGGCGGUGGUACUGCCGCCGCAUCACCCUACGUGAUUGCAAUGAAGAACCUGGGAAUCAGCGGUCUACCGCAUCUGGUUAAUGCCCCGGUCUGUACUUCUAUCUUCUCGGCUGGAAACAACCUGAUAUUUGCCGCCUCACUGUCCUUGUACGGUCUAAGCAUGCGAGGCCACACUCCUAAAAUCUUCACGAAAUGCACCAAACGAGGUGUCCCAAUGUAUGCGCUUGCAACGACCAUGGUCUUCCCAAUUUUAUCGUUGCUCGGUAUCAGCAAGGGAUCGGCCAAAGUCCUGACCUGGCUGAUCAACAUCAUUACCUCCGGCGGAAUUAUCAACUUCAUCGUAAUCGGUGUGACCUAUAUCAACUUUUACCGUGCGACUGAAUCCCAAGGGUUUGACCGGAGGAGCCUCCCUUACUUUGGAUACUUUCAGCCAUAUUGUGCCUAG